GCUUGCCGACCUCGCCGACAUCGGGGGCAACCGCCGCUGCUAUGCAGCAGCACCUGCCGGCUUCAUCGCUGGAGGAGCGUCCAGCAUUGAUUCGGACAUCACCCUGGGGGAGUCCAGCACAGAAGCAGUGGAUGCCCCAUCAACGGAGACCGCACCUCUUUUAGGUCCGGACUGCGUUGUCACUGUUCUGUCGAGAGUCGGCCACGAAGGCUUGGACCUGAGGCCCUUGCCCCCUGUGCAAAAAGCCCCCUUUCCUGCUCCGGUGAUUGCAGCCAUGCCGGCGCAGAGCACAGCGGCAGACAAGCCUGAGGAGAGCUGCUCGGACGAUCAACCCCUCAUCUCGCUGGUGUCACGAACGAGAAAAACAAGCAAGUGCGAUGACACCGUGGUGCCCAAGGCUAAGAAGCCCAAGCCAGCAGGUGGCGGGUGCGAGACAACAUCCUCUGAGAGCACGUCUACUGGGUCUGUGGUCUCCACACCCAAGGAGCAGAAUCCUCUUAAGAGUGCGGCAGUGCGUGAAGCGUUUGCCAGGCUUGUCGUGGCACGUCUCCAGGGACGCCCAGCCCGGCCAGCCGCUGUAGAUCACCGACCAGGAGGGAGAGCACACAACUAUGAUCUGCCGAUGGUGACACCGGAAGAGAUCAAACAGGCGGUCCGGGUCAACCGGAAGAGCCGCUUUCAGAUCCAGACCAUCGAUGGAGCUGACCGGGACUUCACAGAGGACAGCGGCAACAUGUGCAUUUCAUCACUGGCGAGGCGAGGCAUUCAGUUCUACAAGGCACCCAACGAGGUAUUGCUCUCGCCUGGGCAGGAUGGCUGGAUCCCGACAUCGUUCAUCUACCAGGUGCAGGUAGCAGCAUACUCCAGCUCCGUGAAUAAGCCACGGCAGAUUGAGCAGGCACAGCAGGAGCAGCCGGACCCGCAGACACAAGCACAGGCCCAAGCGAAUGCUGGUGGACAGGCGACACAAGCUGUGGAGACUGGGGAAUGGCAUGUGCAGCAGGCCAGGAGACUUCUUGCAUCCAUGGAGCCGGGAGAUGCGAACAUUGUUAUGGACGUCGUCGCUGCCGCUGAUGGUACGCCCCAGCGAAGAGACGGAGAUGCCCCUGGACGUGACGCCACAAACCCCCACGAAGCAGGAGAAGCCGUGGCCACAGCCCGGGCAGGAGCUUGCGGUCUCCGCGUCCUGCUGGAGCAGACCGAACAGGAGCACAUCAUCUGGUCGACUACGUCUCUGAUCCUCCUCCCCACGAUCCAGAACCGUUUGAAUACUACUCAACUGCCAGAGCUGUUCAGACUGCUGGCAUCGCUUCAAGAUCUGAGGGCUGGAGCUCACAUUGAAUCUGCCAGGGUGGCACAGCACUAUGUGGCUCUCCACGGGGUUUUUCAUGAUGCCCCCGAGAUUGCAGUGGGGAACUGGGUGUUGUCAUUGGCGGCCGAGCUCAUCUCCCCUGGAAUGUGCCAUCAUUUCAGAGCGGAUGACACGAUGGGAAGUUUUGUGGAAGCCUGGAUUGCACAAUUGCGACAAGCGCAGGAAGACGCCAGAUGUGAUCCUGGCCUGGACAGCCCACGGAAUGCCAAGGAACUUUGCAGGGAGCUGCGCCGAUGCUCAGGCGCUUACCGGCAGUCACGACGACGAGCAACGCACGCAACCAGUGCGGCUGGCCCGGUCCCAAGUGAUCAAGCAAGCUGCACCCUUUGGGGCCUGGAAGGAGAUGACGCACCAGGCACUCAUCGCGAAUAUUCGAGUCAUUAG